CUUGUCCCAGGGUGGAGCUCGAGCUCGCAAGCUUUCUGACGAGAGGAACUAAAAAGGGGGCGGAGCUUCCGAGCUGAUUCAGAAGUCAAGAAGUCUCCAAGUGAGAACCCUCUGGCAAUCUGAUUACUUAGAGAACACCAGGGAAGACCAGCUUGCAGCUCCGGUGUGGACUUGCUUCUGUGUCGUUGCAGAUAAUUGGUCCUCAGCUUUUCUACAACUACCUUUCUUGUCUUUAGUGAACAGGACAGCCUCUGGGAAACCUGUACCCGGAGUCUGCUGCCCAGGAAUCUGAACAUCAAAUAGAAAUUGUCCCAUCUAGUGUGAGUGGGCUUUCGAACCUUUUUUAAAGAAAAACUAAUACAGUACUCGCAUGUUUGCUUGGUUUCCACGCCGUAUCAGUACAAUCCCGGAUCAGUUGGAAAACUGACAGCCGAGGUCAUGAUGAGUCAGUCCAUUUUCUUCUCUGAGGGGGAAAAAUUGAAUGAAACUUAACUGACGUUCCUGGUUUUACCUUCUGCAUUGCUGACAAACUGGGCAUUUGUGGGACUGACUGCACUGCGUGUGUAGGUAUUUAAACAUCGUGGAACGCUGAGAAAAUGAUGACCUGGCAUUUACUACUAAGUGCAGCUUUAGUUCUAAUCACUUUCCAUAAAGCAGCAGCACCUUCAAAUGCCUCAGAUAAGGAAGUGUGUGAGCGGCUGUGUUCCUGUGAAGAAAGAGACAGUCUGCUGCACAUAAAUUGUCAGAACAAGGACAUCACCGAAAUAUCUCAAGUAAAGCCACCGCAGGAAUAUAACUACAAUCUUAACCUACAAGAUAACUUUGUGAGUGUAAUAUAUCACAAUGAUUUCAUCCGAUUCAGGAAUGCUCUGUCACUGCAUCUUGGCAGGAAUCAUUUGCAAAACCUGGAACCUGGGACUUUCACCGGACUUAGUUCCUUGAAACGCUUGCAUAUAAAUGGCAACAAUUUGGAAGUUCUGCGUGAGGGCACAUUUCUAGGCUUGGACAGUUUGGAAUUCCUUCAGGCAGAUAAUAAUUUCAUCCAGGUUAUUGAGCCUGGUGCAUUCAGUAAACUUAACCGGCUGAAAGUACUCAUCUUGAAUGAUAAUGCGAUCCCCUUUCUCCCCACCAACAUAUUUCGCUUUGUACCCCUGACGCACUUGGACCUUCGAGGAAAUCACUUAAAUUCACUUCCAUAUGUUGGUCUGCUGGAGCAUAUAGGCAGAAUAAUGGAGCUCCAAUUGGAGGAUAACCAGUGGAAAUGCGAUUGUGAUUUAUUGCCACUCAGAUCCUGGCUGGAGAACAUGCCACCCCAGUCUAAUAUUGGCGAUGUUGUCUGCGUGCACCCAUUUAGGCUGAAGGGUAAAAUUUUAACUAAAAUAACAGCCAUGGAAAUUUGCCCUGCAGGUUCUGGUCCUGACUUUGAAGAACCAAUAAAUUCAAUUCAUUUGGUGGUAACUCCAGCUGGUGACAAUACUCACAUCAACAUCCAGAGUGCAAAUAAAUCAGUUAUUAAAGAAAGUAAAGAAGAUCUGUAUAUUCUACAACCUGAUGGAGAGGAUGAUGAAAGAAUUGUGACAACAAGGCCUGUGAUCUUUCCAAAAUCACCCUGUCUGACUAUGUGUCAUUGCAGCACACAACAUAACAUGGGCCAGAUAAUGAAAUGUCAAGAAAGGAACAUUAAAAGUUUGUCAGACCUUUCACCGAGUCCACCAAAGCCAGUCAAGCUUUAUUUGACAGAUAACAUUAUCCAGUCUGUUACAAAAUUUGAUCUACUCGGCUACGGCAGCCUGGAUUUGCUACAUUUAGGGAAUAAUCGAAUAACAGAAAUUGAAGAUGGUGCUUUUGCAAAUCUCACCAAUCUUCACAAGAUGUACUUGAAUGGUAACAGUAUUGUGAGAUUAAGGAAAGAAAUGUUUGUUGGUCUUGGACGUCUUCAAUACCUGUAUCUGGAGCACAAUAUAAUCAAAGAGAUAUUACCAGGGACAUUCAGUUCCCUACUGCAGCUCAAGGUCUUAUAUCUGAACAACAAUCUUCUCCAUAGUUUGCCUCCACAUAUAUUUUCUGGUGUUCCACUCUUGCGGUUAAACCUUAAAAAUAACCAUUUGAUGCAUCUUCCUGUGAGCAAUGUAAUCGAUCAGCUUGAAUUCCUGGUUCAGAUAGAUUUAGAGGACAACCCUUGGGAUUGCACUUGUGACUUGAUAAGCUUGAAGCAAUGGAUGGAAAAACUCCAUAAGAAUGUAACAGUCAGUGAGAUUAUGUGUGAAUCCCCUGAAAGGUUUGCCAAGAAAGAUUUGAAAAUGUUAAACAAUGAAUUGAUAUGUCCUGGAUUAAUAAGUAUUCUGGGUCCACCAACAGAAGCUAAUGAUAUUGACUCAUCCACUGCAGCUUCUAGUACUGCAUCCAGCCUCCUGGGUUCCAUCAUGGACACGGUCCCACUUUCUGUUUUGAUCCUCAGCUUGUUGGUAGUGUUCUUAUUGAUUGUAUUCAGUGCAGCUGGAAUGGUGGUCCUUGUGCUUCACCGUCGGAGACGGUCAAAGAAGAAACAUAAAACGACUCCAGUACAGGACUGCAGUCCUUUGCAGGUCCAAUACAGUGUAUAUGGACACAAGAGAACCCAUCAUACUGAAGAAAGGCCGGAUGGAAAUAUAUAUGAGCAGCACACGAUUAAUGCAAUAGGUCCAAUGUGCAGAAGUCGUUCUUAUAAUAUGAGGGAUGUGGAACUGGACAAUGAGAUCAAAGAUGGGAAUGAGCCAAAAAUGAUUUAUAGGAGUCACAUGAUGAGAGAAAAAGACCGUCUGCUCACAAAUCCCAACAUCAAAUUCAGUGCAAUAGAGCGAGCCCCAGAAUUUAUGUCCCUUCGUGAUCCUACUUCAAUGUACAGAAAUAUAAUGGAAAAGGAAAGGGAGCUGCAGCAAAUUGGAAUCACAGAAUACCUGAAGAAAAAUAUCUCACCAUUACAGUCAGAUCUGGAUGUUCGCUAUCCAUCUAGACAAGAAGAGCUAAAAUUGAUGGAAGCAAUCAUCUAUUCAAGACCUAAAAAAGUUGUAGUUGAAGAGACAAAAAAUGAAUAUUUUGAACUGAAGGCAAAACUACAAACUGAACCUGACUACUUAGAGGUUUUGGAACAGCAGACAGCAUUGAACCAACCAUAAAUCUUUCAAAGGCAUUGACAAUUUUUAACUUGCCUGUUACAUUGUGAUAAACAAGCCUAUUUGCUGUACUAAGACAUUAGUGCCUUUACAGAUGAUUCUUUUUUUCUCUCUCUCUCCAAACAAUACAGCAGUAAUCCUUAUUUAACUCAGGGAUCGAUAGGCAAACCACUGGGAAUAGCCAAUAGAGAACGUAGGAACAGGUAUAGUAACACCCCACAGGAUUUCUCUCACAGUGUAAAGACUGCAUUGUCAAGCACAAAGCUUUAUUAAGCGUCAGGACGAUCAUUUUAUAUUAUACAGACAAUCCUAUUAAGUUAACAUAGUGAUGCUAUCAGGUGAAUCGAUGGUGAUCAAAAGAGGGUUCCUGAAUGAAUGAUUGCUACCCAUAUGCAAAUUUAUUGGGAAGCCUUAUUUUCAAAGCUAAGCUACAGGCUUGCAGUUUUUAUGGAGCAGUGGAUGAAAUCAUGGAACGUGAUCCCUAAAAGACCAGUGACAACUCACUGUGACAAGACAGAAUCAAAUCCAUUCAAUCCAUUCAAUUGAUGUAAACUCAUGAUUUUAUUUCAUUUUAUUUAAUAUAUAACCCUCCUGUUCUUCUGUAAUGAUUUCAUCAUCUAAUAAGGGAGGUGAGUUACAUGAUUUCUGACAAUCCAAUCUGUUGCUGCUGGAUUUUAAAUUAUAGAGAAUAGUCUGAACUUGCAAAUCUGCAAGUCUUGAAAUAACUACUGUAAGAAGCAGACCCAAAUGUGGCUGCACAUUGUAUUUAGACUGAAUCAUAUUCUGUUUGUGACAUUUCUCUCCUGUCAGUUAUAUCAUGGGGCAUUCCCAAUUCCUUUAGGUCUGAAACUACGUUCAAGGCAGUUAUUUAUAAGAAAAAUUGAAACAAAAAAACACUUCUUAAAAUAAAUCUUUCACUCGCAAAAGGUUUAAAAACUGACACACGUUGGGAAGAAAAGCACACAAAGGCCAUAAUGUUAAAGGAUAUGAUUUGUUUCAAAUACAGCAUAGAAGUCUGCAAGUUAUUUUUUCAUUUACAAAAUUGUAAAAUAUUCCUGUAAACUAUUUAUUCUGUACAGUUUUGCAAAUAAAGCAGGGGUGCCUUUAUUGUAAAAA